UAAAAAAAAAAGUGCAAAAGUGAUUGUAUGACGCAGGACGCCUAGUUUUGUAUUACUUAAAUUUUUGUAUUUUACUCAAUUAUUAUCUACUUGUGUAGUUAUUUUAAAACAAAUAUAACAAUGGCUGAUAAAUAUGACAAGAAUGGCUUCAACAGCGGACAAUUUAGGAGAAAUUCGAAUCAAGAAAAUGCAGAGGAUCACGAUGAGCAUUUACAAGAUGGCGAAGAAGGCGCUAAAAUAAAUGAAAAAGCCGGUGAAUACGUACGAGAACUCCUAAGUGAGAAAAUCAAGCUCAACACUUCCAAAUUUCCUAUGUCGACGAAACUUAUUGACCAAGAAGUUGCAAAGGUACAAUCUUCUGGAAGAAUUCCGCCAAAGGACUUCAAAUACCUUGAUGUGUACAAGGAAAAACCUAUCAAAGUGACCGUCAAAGUUUUGGUGCCUGUUAAGGAGCAUCCUAAGGUGAAUUUCAUUGGAAAGCUUUUGGGACCGAAGGGCAACACAAUGAAGCAGCUGCAAGAGGAAACAAUGUGCAAGAUGGCCAUUCUUGGCAGGGGAUCAAUGAGGGAUAGACAAAAGGAGGAAGAACUUAGAAACUCAUUGGACCCCAAAUAUGCUCACCUCACCGAUGAGCUGCACGUGGAAGUAUCAGCCUUAGCAUCUCCUGCGGAGGCUCAUGCAAGGAUUGCCUAUGCCCUGGCCGAGGUUAAGAAGUAUCUGAGGCCGGACCCCUCUGAUAUGAUGAGGCAACCACCAAUGCGUGACAUCAUGGAAAGGGGACCACCAAUGCCACCUCCAUCUCUGGUGGGUGCUCGCCCGCCUGGUCGCAUGCCCCCGGGCCCUCCUCGUCCAAUGAAUCCCAAAUCCAAGGUCUUCAGCAUCCUAGAUCGGGCUCGCACUGCCAUGGACACGUCCUAUGGAUACGAUGACCACUAUGCAGUUCCUGAACCUCCGGUGCGAGGGCCUCCCCACCGCGCCGCCCCCGAGCCGGACUUCUACUACGAUCGCAACGACCGAUUCUACGAGGAGGACUCGUACUACAAGGACGAGGGGCAGGAGUACAAGACCAGCUCCCGCGAGGUGGGCACCCGCCGCCCCGUGCAGCACACGCAGCGCCACUACGCCCGCCCCGCGCCCUACCAGCGCCAGCCUAAGGCUGCCCAAAAGAAGCAUUAAGAUGUGAGUAUAUCGAAAAAAAAAAAUUACCUAAACGAGAUAUCCACAUUUUAAAACUAAUUUGAGCAAAUUAAAUUCCAAAUAAAGAAAAAUUGACUAAACAUUUAUAUUCAUACAAAAAGUAUUUAUAAAAUAGUAAGUCCCAUAGUUGUCUUUUUUAAUAUCAAACUAUGCAAUACACAUUUUAACAAUAAGUAUGUUUAAAAGAUAUGAAGUUAAAUGUGCGCGUCAAAAUUAUA